UGGGCUGCGAGACUGCCAUCUUCUUCUUCGACGACGGUUGAUAUCAGCUAGAUAAUGGGGUUCCCGGCGCCGGUGUUCUCAGAGUGCGAGGUGCCCAGGUUGCUGCUCAACCUCCUCUUCCUGCUGGCCCGCCUCCGCCGAAUCUCCUCCUGGCCGCUCCGCCUCGUCGGCGCCGGCGUCGACGACGACCUCAGCUUUGACCACCCCACUGCCUCCGGCAUCACCGACCACCACCGCCAUCACCAGGAGCAGUACGAUGAUUCUCAAGACCGCUGCCUCGAGGAGCUGGAGAAGCAUUCUCCGGCAAUGCGCUUCGACGCGCUCUCCGGCGCCCCAGACGAAAAUCUGCUGCUGCCGGAGAGCUGCGCGGUGUGCCUCGGCGACUUCCACGGCGCCGCGCGCGUGCGUCGGCCGCGUGGGUGCCGGCACGUCAUCCACUGCGCCUGCCUCGACCGCUGGGCCGCGCACGGCCACAGCACCUGCCCACUCUGCCGGGCGCCGUUCCUCCCGCCCUUCCUCCUGCCGCUGCCGCUGCCGCUCCCGGCGUCGUGAUUCCCGCUGGGCGUUGUUUGCAUAAUCCGGUGACUGCAGCAGGCGAAUCCUGAGGAGGGUGUUAGCUUUCGGUUUGGUUUGUCUGGAGACCACGGCGGUGAGCUGUCAAAUUAUUUCUCGAUCGGCCCCUCCUUUGGAAAGAUUCUCACAAUAACAUCCCCUUGGAUGGGGAUUAGGUUCCUUGUUCAAGCUUCGGUUAAUUUGGAUUUCAUUCAUGUAAAAUCCCUUCACCAAGAACAAGAAGUGGAGAUACACACACACACCAGGAAAGUAGAUAGAGGGUGAAUCUGAAUAUAGUAGGGGUACUUGAGAAGAGUUUUUUUCCCUUGUACUAGCUUCUAGUCUAACUUUCCUCUUGCUAAGAUUUUAGCAAUAUUAUGUCUUUUUUUCAUCUUUCA